AUGAGUGGUUUUCUGAGUCAACCAGGAGAUAUUAUUAUUGGGGGAACCUUUCUCAUUCACGUGAACAGGAAUUAUAUCCAACCCCUAUUCACCACCAAUCCCUCCGACCUGCAGUGUCACACAUUCGGAAGUGAGUCUUACCAAGGUAUGCAAGCCCUGAUGUUCGCUGUGCAGGAGAUCAACAAAAACCCUGAGCUUCUACCCAACACAACUUUGGGUUUCCAGAUUUUUGACACCUGCACAGCCAUGAGACGCGCAACACAAGGAAUGUUCUGGAUGUUAUCAGGGAGACAGGAGCUCAGCCCAAAUUAUCACUGCAACAGAGAGUCACGUCUGGCUGGUAUUAUUGGAGAUCCUGGCUCCACCAAGGCUAUUUUGAUGGCUCAGAUCUUAGGACUCUACCAUUGCCCACAACUUUUCUACUACGUUAAACAUGUCAAUUUUAAAACCAAAGAUGGGAACCAUAUAUUUUUCGAUGCUAAAGGGAACCCCCCACCAAUUUAUGAUAUUAUAAACUGGCGGGUGAGUGCUAAUAGGUCUACCGAGCAGAUUAUUGUAGGGAGUUAUGAUGCAAGUGCACCAGAUGGGAAGAAUUUACCUGUGAACACAUCUACAAUAUCGUGGAAGACUGGUGAAUCUCAGAUUCCUCUUUCCAGAUGCAGUGAAAGCUGUCCAGUAGGGUUUACAAAGUUGACAUUACCAGGAAAACCAAUCUGCUGUUUCCAAUGUGCUCGUUGUCCUCAAGGACAAAUAUCAAACCAAACAGAUGCUAUAAUGUGUCAGCAAUGUUCAUGGGAUACAUGGUCCAGUUUUCAACAAGACAAAUGCAUUCCAAAGGCAAUAGACUUUCUCUCCUAUGAAGAACUCUUGGGUUUAAGUCUAGCAGCAAUUUCUAUUUCUUCCUCAGUUGUUCCACUUUGUAUUGUGAGCAUUUUUAUGCGUCAUAAAACCACACCAGUUGUCCGAGCCAACAAUUAUUCCCUUAGUUGCCUUCUCCUGCUCUCCUUGUUCCUCUGUUUCCUUUGCUCUUUAGGGUUCAUUGGUUACCCACAAUCUGGAAUGUGUCUUCUGCGCCAGGUGGCAUUUGGGAUGGUUUUCUCUCUGUGUAUCUCUAGUGUUCUGGCUAAAACCAUCACUGUUGUUAUAGCUUUCACUGCAAUUCAGCCUGGCAGCAGAUUAAAAAGGUGGACAAGCAUUAAGGUGUCCUACUGUGUUGUUGUGUUUUGCAUGUGUAUUCAGUUAUCUGUGUGCAUAGUGUGGCUUUCCUUCUCCCCUCCAUUUCCAGAGUAUGAUAUCAAAACCCAACCUGGAGUCAUCAUAAUUAACUGCAAUGAAGGGUCACCCACUGCUUUCUGGUGCAUGCUGGGAUUUCUCGGCAUAUUGGCUUCUAUCAGUUUCAUUGUUGCUUUCCUGGCUAGGAGACUCCCUGACAGCUUCAAUGAAGCCAAAUUCAUUACAUUUAGCAUGCUGGCCUUUCUCACUGUCUGGAUAUCCUUUAUCCCAGCAUACUUCAGUGCAUGGGGAAAAUACACUGUAGCCAUGGAGAUCUUUGCCAUCUUGUCUUCUACCUGGGCUAUGGUGGCCUGUAUUUUUAUGCCAAAGUGUUACAUUAUAUUGUUAAGACCUGUCAUGAACUCCAGAGAACAUCUCAUGAAAAGCAGCAGAGCCCAGUGA